GUAGUAUGCCUUUGCUUAAUUUCCAAGCCUUUCGCUUAGUUCCGAAGCCUUUCUUUGCGACAAUAUCCGAGAGACAGAGACCGCGACACAAUAUCACAAUUUUGAAAAAUGAAAAACGUUUUCUUUUUUCAGAAUUAAAUUUUACUGGAAAGCUUGGGAGGUAAAGGGUGUUUGGGAGCUGAGAAAAGAAAAAAGAAAAAAACAACACAAUGCAGAAAAUGGCGCAAGGAUGGUUCUUGGGGAGCACUAACGGCGAUGAGCAGCAGAAGCCCUCGUCGUCUCUGCUAGCGGAUUGGAAUUCCUACGCGGCUACGCAAGCUUCCGAGGAAAGCUCCGAUUUGGGGUUGGGCUUCGAUCUCGAAUCUGCGGUCAGGUCCGCGAACGACACCGUCACUGGCACUUUCAGUGUGGUUUCUAAAGGAGUGAGAGAUCUACCUGGAAACCUACAGUCUGCCACUAGUAAUGUCCCUUCAGGAAAAGCACUUAUGUACUUCGGUUUGUUUCUGGCUACGGGGGUUUUCUUUGUUUUCAUCGCAUUUACCAUGUUCCUUCCAGUCAUGGUGCUGAUGCCCCAGAAAUUUGCUAUAUGCUUUACCCUUGGGUGUAGCUUUAUCAUUGGUUCAUUCUUUGCACUCAGGGGUCCAACAAAUCAGCUUGCCCACAUGUCAUCAAAGGAGAGACUUCCUUUAACAUUGGGAUUUAUAGGAAGUAUGGUCGCUACCAUAUAUGUUUCCAUGGUGCUUCACAGCUACGUACUCUCUGUGCUCUUCUCUGUGAUACAGGUUCUUGCCCUCAUGUACUAUGCUAUUUCAUACUUUCCUGGUGGAUCUGCUGGGAUGAAAUUCCUCUCAUCUGCCUUCACCUCUUCAGUAAUGAAAUGUUUCGGGAGGUGACCUUGACCUUGCUGUUUUUGUUGUUGCCACUUUGUAUAUUUCUCACUAUAAUUUAGAUUAUUGUCAGUGUUGGUUGAAACUUUGGAAUUGCAUUGAGACUUUGCUGAUUCAAUUGAUCUUAUCCAUAA